GCCGCCAUCUGCUAUGAGCACUUGAACACGCUUUCUGACGAGGUUCAUCUGCUAUGGCGUGGCAAACUUAACAUCAGUACCGCUAUCUUCUUAGCGAACCGAUAUUUGCUCCUCUUCAUGGCUGCGGCUUUCAUCUUGAACUCUCUGGUCUGGGCUACGCCGUUGGUGAUUGUAUCUGCGCUGCGAGUGUAUGCUAUCAAUCGCCGACAAUGGGUUCUAGCCGUCAUUGCCCUGAUCCUAGGAUUGGCUCCAGUAAUUGUUAACAUUGUAAAUCCCAUUUCAAUCAGGCAUAGUUCAUUGUUGACAACACUGACCGGUUGCUCAUCAGUGGCCAUUCCCACUCGUCUUCCUCCAAUCCUGUCAGAUAUGAUUGUGCUGCUUGUGACGUGGUUCCAGACAUUCCAUGUUGUUCGAGACGCUCGCAAGGCUGGGUUGAAAGCCUCCUUGGGAGCAUUGAUUUUGCGAGAUGGUGAGCGAUGA